GGUUGGGGUGGCUCGAUGUGAGCCCAGGGCGGGGGAUCCCCUGGGGCUCGGGAUUGGUUUCCCGGGAGGUUGGGGAGGAGGUUGCAGUCGGUUCUUCGUCUGGCUUCAAUCGGGUGGUCCCGAGUCUGGGCGUAAAGCUACGUGCUGAGCUCAGUGUAGCGAUGAGUUGUCGGUGUUAAUGGCACGGGUGCGUUUGAGAGCUGCAGCGUUAACCGUUUCCUGGCCUCUCUCCUCUGCCGUUUGUCCGUGCAAAGGUCAGAUGUUCCCAGCAGUCGUGAGGAAGAAGAGCGGAGCCUGGAGCUGCUAAGUGCUGAUCUGCUUCUGCUCUGGACCAUGGACUCAUUGAGGGUGGCCCAGGUGUGAAAAUGUCCAGCAGUAACCGGGAGUUAGUGAUUGACUUUGUUUCCUACAAGCUCUCGCAGAGGGGAUACAGCUGGAGCCAGCUGGAGGAGGAAGAUGAGAACAGGACUGACAUUGCAGCCGAGGGGGCCGGGCUGGACGGCGUCCUCAACGGGAGCCCCUCCUGGCACCCUCCCGCCAGCCACGCACCGAACGGAGCCACCGUGCACCGGAGCAGCCUGGAAGUCCAUGAGAUGGUCCAAGCAGCCGACGUCAGGCAGGCGCUGAGGGAGGCAGGGGACGAGUUCGAGCUGAGGUACCAGAGGGCUUUCAGUGACCUCACCUCUCAGCUCCACAUCACCCUGGGCACAGCCUACCAGAGCUUUGAGCAGGUGGUGAACGAACUCUUCCGUGAUGGAGUGAACUGGGGUCGCAUCGUGGCUUUCUUCUCCUUCGGGGGAGCCCUGUGCGUGGAGAGCGUUGACAAGGAGAUGCGGGUAUUGGUGGGACGCAUUGUGUCUUGGAUGACCACCUACUUGACCGACCACCUAGACCCCUGGAUCCAGGAGAAUGGCGGAUGGAGGGAAGAGUUCAUGCUGGCACUCGUUAGCAUCUGAACGGUGGGGAAUUGGUUUCUCAGUGUGUUGGUGAGCUCAGGCCUUUCAGCCCUUUUUAUCCCCUGCUCUAUAACACCUCCUUCAUCUUGAGGAGGGGGCAGGAACCUCUUUGCUCCUCCUGAUGAAGAGAGGCACAGGAUCUCCUCAUGCCUGAUGCUGGGGACCUUAGGGAAGGUCCACCUAAUGGGAAGGUCCCCAAAGAAAGAUCAUCUCAUGGUCCAUCAGCAGCCCCCCUGCGUCUUGAGGAGAGGCAGAGACCUUUGAGACCUGCUUUGUGCCUCUGCACCCUCCUGAGUCCCCAGGAGCUCCCAGCUUCUCAUUGCCUGAUGCUGAAGACCCAGACAAGGUGCACCCAAAGGAGAGGGAAACCCAGUGAAGGUGGACCCAGGGAGAGGAGACCCUGGAGAAGGUGCUCCCAGGGAGAUGGGAGUGCAGAAGAGUUGCACCAGGGAGAGGGAAUCCCAGAGAAAGAUCCACCCAAGGAGGAGGGGAUCCUGCAGAAGAUGUAUCCAGUGAGAUGAAAUCCCAGAGAAGGUGCACUUGGGGAGGGGGGACCCUGAGAAAGAUGCACCCAGGGAGGGAGGGGACCCUGAGAAAGAUGCACCUGGGGAGAGGGGACCCUGAGAAAGGUGUACCCAGCGAGGAGGGGAUCCUGCAGAAGGUGCACCUCGUGAGAUGGGACUGCAGAAGGUAGAAGGUGCACCCAGGCAGAGGGAGCUGCUUCACACAGGGUGCUGGAAUUCCAAGAAUGCAGCCGGCCUGGGGCUCUGCCUGGGUGGGGCUGCUGGGGCAGAGGAGCUGGGUUUCGAUUGGGAUCUGUUGGCCACUUCCCCAGGCUCUGCUUGCCUCCUCAGCUCUCUCAUCCUGCAGAUAACCCUGGCCGAAGGAACGCUGAGUUCCUUUUCCCCACCGUCUCCUCCCUCUGCCUUUGGCUUUGGCUUUUGAAGCCACAGCUUAGGCUGGGAAUGGAGUGCUCAAAUGGAGGAGGUUUGGGAGCUGGGGUGGCUGUUGCUGUUGGUGACGGAUCGGGCUGUAUCCUGGAGACCCAGGCAAUAAUGCAGGCUGGGUUUUUGGUUGGG